AUGGAAUAUUAUUUCCAUCAUCGCAUUAUUCAAAAUCCUAAAUUAUUCCAUCCCCACAUAUAGCAAGACUAUUUUAGAUGCAAUUAUUAUUAAUCAAUUAAAAUAAAGUAUUGCAUAUUAGACAUAAACCAUAUUAACAUUUGGUACAAUUUAAAGGGCAUGAGAAUUGACAAUCAUAACAACCAUCAAAAGGAAUUUAAUUGAAAUCAUCACAUUCUUCAAAUCCAACAAUUUUACCAUCCCCACAAUAACUAUUACAAUUAUUAUUUAAAGGAUCAUACAACCAAUUUUCAUCACAUUCCAGACAUUGACCUUUUAUACAACUACUACAACCUUCAUUACAAUCAAAUUGUUAAUUGAAACAACCAUCAAAUGCAUAAAUAUUCUUAUCAUUACAAAUUACUAUUUCCUCUUCUUUUAGUGCAUCA